AAUUUCAUCAGCAAAAAAGAAAAAAGAAAGAACGAUGGAAAAAGCCAGUGAAGAAGAUGACAAAGAGACUCUUCUCUCUCUCUAUCACAAACACACAAUUGCCUCCUGCUUCAUUUAAUUGGUUUGAACCGUAGCCCAAUUUCUACCUUUUGAUAUUUAUUUUUUUUCACAACAAUCUCCGAUCCCUAUUCUCCUCGAAACCUCACCACUUCUCUCCAGAAUAUUUCUUUGGAGAGUCCACAAAGAAUCUCUCGGCUUCAAUUUUCAGCAUAAUAUCUAUAAAAGCUCACUCCCUUUUUGAUAUAAUCUGACGUAAUCUCAGAAAAAAAACAAGGAGAAUUAUGGUUUCCGGAGUCGGCGGCGGCGGCGGAGGAUGCGGCGGGAGUGGCCGCGGCGGCGGCCGCGGCGGAGAAGAAUCCUCGUCAACUCACCGGAGAGAACAAGCUCAAUCCUCAGGUACAAAAUCUCUCAGGCCACAGAGCCAACCACAAACGGAAUCAAUUAGCAAAGCAAUUCAGCAAUACACAGUCGACGCUCGACUCCACGCCGUCUUCGAACAAUCCGGCGAGUCAGGAAGAUCCUUCGACUACUCGCAAUCCCUCAAAACGACGACGUACGGCUCCUCGGUCCCGGAGCAGCAGAUCACGGCCUACCUCUCCAGGAUCCAGCGCGGCGGCUACAUCCAGCCGUUCGGAUGCAUGAUCGCCGUCGACGAGUCCACCUUCGCCAUCAUCGGCUACAGCGAGAACGCGCGGGAAAUGCUCGGCCUCACUCCCCAGUCCGUCCCCAGCCUCGAGAGGCCCGAGAUUCUCGCCAUGGGAACCGACGUCCGCUCCCUCUUCACCUCCUCCAGCUCGGUCCUCCUCGAACGCGCCUUCGUGGCGCGUGAGAUCACGCUCCUGAAUCCCGUUUGGAUCCACUCCAAGUACACUGGUAAACCGUUUUACGCUAUCUUACACAGGAUCGACGUUGGAGUCGUGAUCGAUUUGGAGCCGGCGAGGACUGAGGAUCCAGCGCUUUCCAUCGCCGGAGCGGUUCAGUCUCAGAAGCUAGCCGUUCGCGCUAUCUCGCAGUUACAGUCUCUCCCCGGUGGAGAUAUUAAGCUGCUUUGUGAUACGGUUGUGGAGAGUGUGAGGGACUUAACCGGAUACGACCGUGUGAUGGUGUACAAGUUUCACGAAGACGAGCAUGGAGAGGUUGUUGCGGAGAGUAGGAGAGAGGAUUUGGAGCCUUACAUUGGUUUGCAUUAUCCAGCUACUGAUAUUCCUCAAGCGUCACGGUUCUUGUUUAAGCAGAAUCGAGUGCGUAUGAUUGUUGAUUGCCACGCGACGCCGGUUCUCGUGGUGCAAGACGAUAGGCUGACUCAGUCUAUGUGCUUGGUUGGGUCUACUUUGAGAGCUCCUCACGGUUGUCACUCUCAGUAUAUGGCGAAUAUGGGGUCUAUCGCGUCUUUAGCGAUGGCGGUUAUAAUAAACGGGAGUGAAGAAGAUGGGAGUAGUGUCGCUGGUGGGAGAAGCGCUAUGAGGCUUUGGGGUUUAGUCGUUUGCCAUCAUACUUCUUCUCGAUGCAUACCGUUUCCGUUGAGGUAUGCUUGCGAGUUUUUGAUGCAGGCGUUUGGUUUACAGUUGAACAUGGAGUUGCAGUUGGCUUUGCAGAUGUCGGAGAAACGCGUUUUGAGGACGCAGACGCUGUUGUGCGAUAUGCUUCUGCGUGACUCGCCUGCUGGGAUUGUUACGCAGAGUCCUAGUAUCAUGGACUUGGUGAAAUGUGACGGUGCAGCGUUUCUUUACCACGGGAAUUAUUACCCGUUGGGUGUUGCUCCGACGGAAGCUCAGAUUAAAGACGUUGUGGAGUGGUUGCUUGCGAAUCACGCUGAUUCAACUGGUUUAAGCACUGAUAGUUUAGGGGACGCAGGUUAUCCCGGAGCAGCUGCGUUAGGGGAUGCUGUGUGCGGUAUGGCGGUUGCGUAUAUCACAAAAAGAGAUUUCCUUUUCUGGUUUCGUUCUCAUACAGCUAAAGAGAUCAAAUGGGGAGGCGCUAAGCAUCAUCCAGAGGACAAAGAUGAUGGGCAAAGGAUGCAUCCUCGCUCUUCUUUCAAGGCUUUUCUUGAAGUUGUUAAGAGUCGGAGUCAGCCGUGGGAAACUGCGGAAAUGGAUGCGAUUCAUUCGCUCCAGCUGAUUCUAAGGGACUCUUUUAAGGAAUCUGAGGCAGCUAUGAACUCGAAAACUGCAGAUGGCGCGGUUCAGCCUUAUAGUAUGGCAGGAGAGCAGGGGAUUGAUGAGUUAGGUGCUGUUGCAAGAGAGAUGGUUAGACUCAUCGAGACAGCAACGGUGCCUAUAUUCGCUGUGGAUGCUGGAGGAUGCAUCAAUGGAUGGAACGCUAAGAUUGCAGAGUUGACCGGUCUCUCGGUUGAAGAAGCUAUGGGGAAGUCUCUGGUUUCUGAUCUGAUAUACAAAGAGAAUGAAGAAACUGUUGAUAAGCUCAUUUCUCGUGCGCUCAGAGGGGACGAGGACAAGAAUGUGGAGAUAAAGCUGAAAACUUUCAGCCCUGAACUACAAGGGAAAGCGGUUUUUGUGGUUGUGAAUGCAUGUUCGAGCAAGGACUACUCAAACAACAUUGUUGGCGUCUGUUUUGUGGGACAGGAUGUUACUGGUCAGAAAAUCGUAAUGGACAAGUUCAUCAACAUACAAGGAGACUACAAAGCCAUUGUCCAUAGCCCAAACCCACUGAUUCCACCAAUCUUUGCGGCGGACGAGAACACGUGCUGCCUGGAGUGGAACACCGCAUUGGAAAAGCUCACUGGUUGGUCUCGCAGUGAAGUGAUUGGGAAAAUGCUUGUUGGGGAAGUGUUUGGGAGCUGUUGCAGGCUAAAGGGUCCUGAUGCAUUAACCAAGUUCAUGAUUGUGUUGCAUAAUGCGAUCGGUGGCCAAGAAACAGACAAGUUCCCUUUCCCAUUCUUUGACCGCAACGGGAAGUUUGUUCAGGCUCUACUGACUGCAAACAAGCGUGUAAGCUUCGAUGGAAAGGUUAUUGGGGCUUUCUGUUUCUUGCAGAUCCCGAGUCCUGAGCUGCAGCAAGCUUUAGCAGUUCAACGAAGGCAGGACACAGAGUGUUUCACGAAGGCGAAAGAGCUAGCUUACAUUUGUCAGGUGGUAAAGAAUCCUUUGAGCGGUUUGCGUUUCACAAACUCGUUGUUGGAAGCUACAGACUUGAACGAGGAUCAGAAACAGCUUCUUGAAACAAGUGUUUCUUGCGAGAAACAGAUUUCCAGGAUUGUCAGUGACAUGGAUCUUGAAAGAAUUGAAGACGGUUCGUUUGAGCUAGUUAGAACGGAGUUUUUACUCGGAAGUGUCAUCAACGCGAUUGUAAGCCAGGCGAUGUUCUUAUUAAAGGAGAGAGGUGUUCAGCUGAUCCGUGACAUUCCUGAAGAGAUCAAAUCUAUACAAGUUUAUGGAGACCAGACAAGGAUUCAACAGCUCCUAGCUGAGUUUCUGCUGAGUAUAAUCCGGUAUGCACCGUCCCAUGAGUGGGUGGAGAUCCAUAUAAGCCAUGUUCCGAAGCAAAUGGCUGAUGGAUUCUACGCUAUUCGCACAGAAUUUAGAAUGGCGUGCCCAGGUGAAGGUCUGCCUCCAGAGCUAGUCCGAGACAUGUUUCAUAGCAGCAGGUGGACGAGCCCUGAAGGGUUAGGACUAAGCGUAUGUAGAAAGAUUCUAAAGAUCAUGAACGGUGAGGUUCAGUACAUCCGAGAGUCGGAACGUUCCUAUUUCCUCAUCAUACUCGAGCUCCCGGUGCCUAUGAAACGCCCUUUGUCAACCGCUAGUGGCAGCGGAGACAUGAUGUUGAUGAUGCCAUAGUAGUCACACUUAUAAGUUGGCAGGAGAGAGUUUGUAUCCUUGUUGUAUGUGUGUGUUUGUGUGAGAGAGAGAGUCUAACGACACUGGAAGAGGAUGGAGAGUUUUUGUUUCCGGUGAGAUUAGUAGAGAAGAGGAUAAAGUCAUCUGCAAGACAUGUCCUCUUUUGUUUGCACUGUGUAUAUUGAUAACUCCAAGAGAGGCAAACAAAUCAAAAGAUGAAGUGAUAUUGGUUGACCCAUCCUUUAUAAUUGUAACUCAUAUUAAAAUGUCAAUUACCAUAACCCUUUACAGAUAAUUAACUAGUACAUAUUGAUGAUAGAUUACUGUAAAUCUUUACAGUAAGUUAUAUCAUACUUGUUCUCAUUCAUAUAAGGGCUGCAUAAGGGGUGAGAUAUUCCAAGAAAACACUACUUAGUUGUUAGUACUAGUUACUAGAGAGAUCUAUACUAUAUUAAAAGGGAUAUAUAAUCAUCAGAUAGGACGUCCACGUCAGCUUGAAAAAUCGUCCAAUAGGGAGCUGUUUUUUUCCACGUCACCAUAGCUGAAAUGAGGACUUUCGUAUUGGAUUUCUUAAAAACUUUAUUGGUCCACCCAGCCCAUCUAGAUAAACCUGCUUUCUUCAAGCUUGGCGAGCCUCUCCCGACUCUUCCACUUCAUCUUCUCCAAUCUCUAUCUUUUGUUUUUGCGUUAUCUUCUCCUUCCUCGCUUCUCUCCCAUGAGAAGCCUCUGUCUUUCCUCUCGAUGUCCCUCUCCGUCUCCGAAGCUGCCGCUCCUCCUCCUUUGGCUUCAGCUAUUCCUUUGCCUUUUAUAUCUUCCCUCGGAGAUUUGAUCUACCGCUUCCGUCGACAGUAGAAGAUAAGAACUGUCAGGAGAAAGAUGAAGAUCAGAAUUCCGCCGGCGGCGCUUCCAGCGAUGAUUCCGAUUAGUUUCGCUGUGAUCACAGAUCUUCUUUAUUUUUUCUUAUCCACCAAUUUCUUGGCAAUUUAGGAAUUCAGAAACAGAAUAUUUCUUAUGGCUAUUUGUUCACCAAUUUGGGAGGUCAGCCAUUUGGUCAAGUCCCAGUUUUACUAGACGGACAUCUAAAGUUGACUGCCUCAUUUAUCCUGAAGACAGGCAGCUCAGAAUGUAAAAAUUGAGGUCAACUGAUGGGCGUCCAUAUGCUGCUGCUAGAUUCCAAGCGUUUUCUUCUCAGGUUAAGCUUAGGUACGUUUUAUGUGAUCAGUUUGUUUGUGAAAGUUUUGCAAAGAGAUUUCCGAAAACCCAAUUCACUCUGCUCCAGUUGCAACCAAAGGCAUAAGCGUCAAUGAACCUGUAAUAUGGAUGGUUUUGGGAGAGGUGAUGCCCGACCGAAGCGUUGUUGGUUGGAUUCUUAGGGAUGUGAAGGGAGAAAUGAAGUGUCUUAGAGGAGCCCCAUCUGUUUCGAGGUCCUUUACUGACUUGUGAGAUGAAGCAGAAGCAUUGAUAUGAUAUGGAGUGUUAUUUGUAUACUUGGGCUAUAAGAAAUUCAGCAUUUUACCACCUUGGCUCUGACCAAUGUGAAGUUAGAGGUCAGCUGUUUCAAGGAAAGUGACGUCUCAUAGUUCAAUUUAUACUUUUGUUGAUUUUGGUGGAACGAAUGGUGUUAUUUUAAUAAUGCCGAGAUCUGUUUGAUGAAUUUCUAGGAGGCUAGGAACACUGUCAAACAAGAGGGAGCCAUUUACAAGAUCAGUGGCUUUGAUGUUGCAAGAAGCAACACCCACUUUAAACUGUCAGAUUCAAACGUCCUCAUUUACUUUAACAAUCUUAAGAAGUUUUUUGAAAUAACAACUCCACUUUUUAGAUUUGGUGACUACAGACAUCAUAUGGCAUUAGCAAAUACUAAUACUCGGUUGCCAAGUAAAUUGGUGUAUUUUUAUUGUCCCAAAAAUUCGAGAUUUAUCAUACAAAGUUUAACCUUUGCUUUGUAGACAUCCUAGGGUUUGUUGGUUUUACAUAUUUUUUGUUUACAAUCUUCAUCUACUCUUCACUACAGCUCUACAACGAUGUGUCUUAGUGUUUUUUGACGAACUGUGUCAUGCAUCUUUUCUUUGAUCGCCAUCACGUCCAUGUGCAGCAACAUUUGCAAAUCAUGGAGGGAACGAUUUUCCUGGAGAUAAAACGCCUGGUGUCAAAUAUCUUCCCUGCAGCUGCUCUGAUGGAGAAAGGUCAAAUGGUAAUGACCAGAGCAACGAAAGUGUGUAAACCCCUCGAACCUGUCGAGCCCAUCCGGUGGAGCAGCUACAGUUGCAGAAUACAAUUGUGAGCAGACUAUCAUGAUGAAGACCCGGUUCAAGUUGCAGGAAACACACUAAAGAAGGCACUCACCGAGUAAUUGCUAAGGCUAUCGAACUUGAGACCUCACUAUUUCCCUUUUGCUUCAUUGCAGUAUUGUUUAUAAAAAAAGAAAUUCAUAGUUUGUUUUGUUUCAUGGACCAUGUUUGCAACUUCUACCACAAUUAAAACUUAUUAUUACUUAUUA